AAGAUGGCACGUACCAAGCAGACUGCUCGCAAGUCCACUGGAGGCAAGGCCCCACGAAAGCAGCUGGCCACCAAGGCUGCUCGUAAGUCUGCUCCUGCUACAGGAGGAGUGAAGAAGCCUCACCGUUACAGGCCCGGUACCGUGGCCCUUCGUGAGAUCCGUCGCUACCAGAAGAGCACAGAGCUUCUCAUCAGAAAGCUGCCCUUCCAGCGCCUGGUUCGAGAGAUUGCCCAGGACUUCAAGACCGACCUCCGUUUCCAGUCUUCUGCCGUCAUGGCGCUGCAGGAGGCAUCUGAGGCCUACCUCGUCGGUCUCUUUGAAGACACCAACUUGUGCGCCAUCCACGCCAAGAGGGUCACCAUCAUGCCCAAGGACAUCCAGCUUGCCCGCCGCAUUCGUGGAGAGCGAGCCUAAGUCCAGCAACACCACAAA